AUGAACUAGCCUUAGCAAUAAUAAUAGGAUGCCUCUUUGCAAGAUAUUCAAAUUAACAAUCCCUAGCACUUGCCUUAAGACACUGUAUCUGACAUUCAAUUCAAUCCUUAAAAUCCCUAAAUGUUUGCUUGUUCGACUUGGGAUGGCAAGAUUCACAUUUAUUAAAUCGCAGUCUAACAAAAUUUCAACUAAAUAGUUGGAUAAUUCUAAUAAGUUAGUUAGAUGCAAUACAACGAGCCUAUUACCUGCAUUGCAUGGAGAGGUGAUGGAUAAGCUAUCUAUGCAGGUUGUGGUGAUAAUUCAGUUGUACUCUUUAAUUUAAGUAAUGGAUAAAGUGCUAAAAUAGGACAACAUUAAGCAGGUAUUAGAUCUAUUUUCUACGUCUAAUAAUUAAAUGGAGCUGUAAUUACUUGUUCUUUUGACACUACUGUUUGCUUCUGGUCAGAAUAAAAUCCUAAUAAUCCUUUGGCUAAAAUAUAAUUGAAGGGAAAAAUUUUCGCUGCUGAUUGCUUAUUCCCAAUUUUGGCAUUAGGCUUGUAGGGCGAAGUGAUUACUUUUAUCAAUUUGUAAUCAAAUUUCUAAAAUCUUAGUCCUCAUUAAAUUAAUUACAUAGAUUCUCCUCUUGGAAAGGGAAGUUAAAUAAAUAGCAUUAAAAUUAUGUGCAAAGGUAAUGGUUUUGGUCUUGGCUCUAUUGAUGGAAGAGCAAAUCUUGGCAAACUUACUCCCUAAAACUAAAAUAAUGUUGCAGGAUAUAAGAUCGAUAACAUUAUGACCUUCAAAUGUCAUAAAAAUGAAGAAAAGCAAAACAACGUUGUAAACCAAAUAUUAUAUCCAGUAAACUCUAUUUGCUUUAACCCUCGUCAAGAUUAAUUUUUAUUGACCUGUGGCUCAGAUGGCAAUAUGUAUUUCUGGGAUUUCGAGCACAAAAAUAAGAUUAAAUCCUUUGCCUUCAACAAACAACCUAUUAGUGCUUGCAACGUCUCUUCAACCGGACAAUUCCUUGCAUAUUCUCUUGGUUAUGAUUGGCAUAUGGGAUACGAACACUCUAACUCAUUCGAAAAGCCUAAAAUCUGUGUUCACAUUAUAAAUGACGAUGAAUUAAGAUUUAGGAAAAAUUGA